CCUAUCCGACAGAGUCCCCUGGGGUGCCGCACACGUCCGACCGGAGAUCCGAGAAGGAGUUCCGCAGCGCCGGAGAGGCAGCGUCUGUGCACCCGCCUGCCCCCCGGCCCACCCCUGCCGGGCGCGGCUCGCAGAGAUGGCUCAGUGGUAUGAACUUCAGCAGCUUGAUUCCAAAUUCCUAGAGCAAGUUCAUCAGCUUUAUGAUGACAGUUUCCCCAUGGAGAUCAGACAGUACCUGGCCCAGUGGCUAGAAAAACAAGACUGGGAGCAUGCCGCCAACGACGUGUCCUUCGCCACCAUUCGCUUCCACGACCUCUUGUCCCAGCUCGAUGACCAGUACAGCCGCUUUUCUUUGGAGAACAACUUUCUGCUGCAGCAUAACAUAAGGAAAAGCAAGCGCAAUCUCCAGGAUAAUUUUCAGGAAGACCCGAUAUUGAUGUCUAUGAUCAUCUAUAACUGUCUGAAGGAAGAAAGGAAGAUCCUGGACAAUGCCCAGAGAUUUAACCAGUCUCAGUCAGGGAGUAUUCAGAGCGCUGUGAUGCUGGACAAACAGAAGGAGCUUGACAGCAAAGUCAGAAACGUGAAGGACAAAGUGAUGUGUAUAGAGCAUGAAAUCAAGACCUUAGAAGAUUUACAAGAUGAGUAUGAUUUCAAAUGCAAGACCUUGCAGAACAGAGAGCAUGAAACCAACAGUGUGGCAAAGAAUGAACAGAAACAAGAACAGAUGUUACUGCAGAAGAUGUUCUUAAUGCUUGACAGUAAGAGAAAGGAAGUAGUUCAUAAAAUAAUAGAACUAUUGAAUAUUACUGAGCUUACCCAGAAUGCCCUGAUUAAUGAUGAGCUUGUGGAGUGGAAGCGGAGGCAGCAGAGUGCCUGUAUUGGGGGGCCACCCAAUGCCUGCCUUGACCAGCUGCAGAACUGGUUCACCAUCGUAGCGGAGAGCCUGCAGCAGGUCCGUCAGCAGCUCAAGAAGCUUGAGGAAUUGGAGCAGAAGUAUACCUACGAGCAGGACCCCAUCACAAAAAACAAACAGGUCUUGGGAGACCGCACCUUCACUCUGUUCCAGCAGCUCAUUCAGAGCUCGUUUGUGGUGGAAAGACAACCUUGCAUGCCAACCCAUCCACAGAGGCCACUGGUCCUGAAGACGGGUGUCCAGUUCACCGUCAAGUUGAGACUGCUGGUGAAAUUACAGGAGCUGAACUAUAAUUUAAAAGUCAAAGUCUUAUUUGAUAAAGAUGUGAAUGAGAAAAAUACAGUAAAGGGUUUUAGGAAGUUCAACAUUUUGGGCACACAUACGAAAGUGAUGAACAUGGAAGAGUCCACCAAUGGAAGUCUGGCAGCAGAAUUCCGCCACUUGCAACUGAAAGAGCAGAAAAACGCUGGCACCAGAUCAAAUGAGGGCCCUUUCAUUGUGACGGAGGAGCUUCACUCCCUCAGCUUUGAGACCCAGUUGUGCCAGCCGGGCUUAGUAAUCGACCUCGAGACGACCUCGCUGCCCAUUGUGGUGAUCUCCAACGUCAGCCAGCUCCCGAGUGGCUGGGCCUCCAUCCUGUGGUACAACAUGCUGGUGGCGGAACCCAGGAAUCUGUCCUUCUUCCUGAACCCACCCUGUGCCCGAUGGGCUCAGCUGUCAGAGGUGCUGAGUUGGCAGUUUUCAUCCGUCACCAAAAGAGGUCUCAAUGGGGACCAGCUGACCAUGUUGGGAGAGAAGCUUCUUGGUCCCAGUGCCGGCCCCGAGGGUCUCAUUCCAUGGACCAGGUUUUGCAAGGAAAAUAUCAACGAUAAAAAUUUUUCAUUCUGGCUCUGGAUUGAAAGCAUCCUUGAACUUAUUAAAAAACACUUGCUCUCUCUCUGGAAUGACGGGUGUAUCGUGGGCUUCAUCAGCAAGGAGCGCGAGCGAGCCCUGCUCAAGGAUCAGCAGCCCGGGACGUUCCUACUGCGCUUCAGCGAGAGCUGCCGGGAAGGCGCCAUCACCUUCACGUGGGUGGAGCGGUCCCAGAACGGCGGCGAACCUUACUUCCAUGCGGUUGAACCCUACACGAAGAAAGAACUCUCUGCUGUUACUUUCCCUGAUAUCAUUCGCAAUUACAAAGUCAUGGCUGCUGAGAAUAUUCCAGAGAACCCACUGAAGUAUCUGUAUCCAAAUAUUGAUAAAGACCAUGCCUUUGGAAAGUAUUACUCCAGGCCAAAGGAAGCCCCAGAGCCAAUGGAACUCGAUGGCCCUAGAGGAACUGGCUACAUCAAGACCGAAUUGAUUUCUGUGUCGGAAGUUCACCCUUCUAGACUGCAGACGACAGACAACCUGCUCCCCAUGUCUCCUGAGGAGUUUGAUGAGGUGUCCCGGAUAGUGGGGUCUGUAGGUUUGGACACGAUGAUGAACACAGUGUAGAGCAUCGAGCUAUCGCUCAUCUUCUCUGGCGACACUUCCCUUCUCGUCUGUGAUUCCUUCCCACUGCUCUCCACUGUUCCUCCACCGCCUACGAUUCUGGGAAAAUGGAAAGAGGCCAACCCAUGUGCCGGAACUUGGUGGUAGCGAGUGGAGUUUUUCCCUAAGCCACAAACGUCUGUUACUCUCAAAGCCUUCCUGAUUCUGACUGAAGGUAAAACUCAAAGACACUCUCCUACAGAGUGAGUUUGGCACAUGGCAACCCACCAAGUAGACCCAAAGCCUCAGGACUAGAAUGACAACCUUCGAAGGGCAGACAUGUAGCAACUUCUGCCAAUGGCUGCGCAUAAAACCAGCAAGCACACAGUGCUUACAGGUGAUCGAUAAAUCUCACGGUUACCUAGGGAACUUCUUGAUGUAAAAAUGGUACAUUUCUACUCUCAAGAGUUAGUAUUUUGAGGAAUCAAAUUGUUCUCUGUCAAAAACAGGGUUGAGGGAUUUCCAGUAGUAAUAUGCCUAUACAAGAGUUCAAAGCCAAGUGUAUAUAAAUGUAACAUGACAUAAGCUGCUUAGCAAAGAGAAUUAUUCCACAUCGGGGCAGAAAGAAAAAUGAAUUUAUCGCAUUACCCAUAUUGUCUCUCUUGCUGGAAAAAUGAUGCUUCUUUGGGUUAUCGGGUAUGAUGCUAUCAUUCGGAGAAAGUACAUGUUAAAGUCUCGCAGGCAGGGUUUCUGUUCACACCUGAAUACCAGAGCAGAGGCUGUUCUGCUACUGUAUUGGUCACUGUCUCUGCAGUUUCUUCAUGGAAGGCUGGCUGUUAACGACAGCUCUCUCUGGAGGCAAAACAACUUGUUUUUCAAAACAUUAAAAUGAGUGGUAACCCACUUCCAAAAAGUCAAUUGGUAACACAGGGGUUAAGCACUUAACUGCUAACCAGAAAGUCAGCCCUUUAGGCCCAUCUGCCGCUGUGCGGGAGCAAGAAGUGCUUGCGAUCUGUCUCCACAAAGAUUGUGGCCUUGGAAACCCCAAGGGGCAAUACCACUCAGUGCUACAGGGUCUUCUGAAUUGAGAAAGGAGCGAUCAAUGCAGGUACGCUCAGAGAUUUAAUUCAUGAUUUUUAAGUGGGUUGAUCUUUGUUAUUAUCUGGUACUUGGUCUACUAACCAUAAUAUAAAAUUUUGUCAUUUUCAAAGCCAGAAGCUAAAAAAAACAACAAAAACAACUAGUAGCUGGCAACCCAAGUCAUUAACUAAAGACAAUAUACAAUUCAAGUCACUUAAAAAUUCCCAUGUAAUGGCAUCAAGAACUGCCUAUUUUUCACUGAUAAGUCUAUUUUUGUCACCAAUAACAUUCAUAAAUGGUUCUGAUUUCUCUUCUGUGCCUUUCCCAGAUCCUCUUUCUGAAUGGACGGGAAGUGCAUUUAUGUGUUAUUAACUGCUUCUUUCAUUAGCCUUGACAUCAGAAUGUGUGUGUGUGGGGGGGGGGGACUAGGCGUGACAGGGCACUUCCCCAAACUCUCUCGCAGCCUGUCUUCUCUCCUCGCCCGCCCACUGUCCCAACUCUAAUUGUAUGAUGUAUCUGUACUCGGUGUAGUGUGGCUGAUGUCUCCUUUGCAACUGUUAUCAAAUUAAAGGAAAGUGCCUGUGCUGUU